AUGUUUGCAUUCGAUACCUCGGGGGCUCCAAAUGCUCGCUUUGCACUCUUCGGUAGCAUGCUGGGAUGCGUAUGGAUCACGGUCUCCCUUCGUAUCUCGGCCUGCACCAAAAGGAGUUUCACGUGGGAUGAUGGGUUCUGUCUAUUAUCUGCUCUUCUCUUCACGGGGUUUUGUACAACCGCCCUCCUUGUCGAGGUGCAUCUCAGCGGCGGCUAUAGCGACGCUGAGCGCCGGUCAGCAUUGGUUGCGCUCUCGAUGACAAGCACCGAAUUAUACGUUGCAGCGAUCGGUCUCUUGAAAGUAUCCAUUGGCCUUUUCUACUUGCGACAUCUCGAAGGUGCCUGGCAGCGUUACACGGUUCACACCGCAAUAGCUGUGAACAUAGCCAGCAGCGUUCUUGUUGUCGUCGCGACAGCGCUCGAAUGCGGCGCUCUCCUGAGCUCCGCACAAUCUCAACAGAGCAACACUUGCUUGCAAAGAAACGUGUUGCACAUCAUCGAAUUGGCGACAAGCGUGUCGAAUGCCGCUAGUAGCUGGACAUUGACGAUCAUACCGGUCUUCAUCGUGGCCGCUCAUUCCCAGCACCUGUCAAUACAGCAGAAAGGAUGCACCGGGUGCGCAAUAUUGCUUGGAGGCUGCGCUAGCGUCAUGUCAAUCCUGCGACUCCUUUGCGUGGUAGGAAACAGCGCGAGCAGCGAAACCUAUCUGGUUCCGCUGUCGGUCCUCGAAUUCGGAAUAGCUAUUAUCGCGGCGUCGGCCGUGACUCUGCAGCCACCGUUCUCUUGUCUGGCCCGGCCAGUGACAUUAUCCGACUACAUCAGUUACUCUGGGAGCGAAACGACUCUGGAGAAAGAUCAUGAGCACCUCGCAAAUGACCGGAUGAAGCCCAUCAAAAGCCACUUCUCCUUGUUUAGCGAAGCUUCGGGACCAAGAACUUGGUUCAACAGCUUGCGCGACGAGAGUACGACCCAUGAAGCUGCUCCUACGCUACCCGAUUGGGGCCAUCCACAUAGCCACCAGAGGUCUAUCCACAAGAUCGAUGGCAAGUUGGUCAUAUCAAAGCCUGUGGUAGAUGCACCUCCACCGCUGAACCGAACGGAGAGCCAGCAAUAUCUCCUGCGUGAUAAGCGUAGCGACUCGAUCUUGUCGUCUGAAGAUGGAAGACGGCAUGUGCCGCUCUUUGUGUACGGGGGAGAGGAUUGA